AUGAACAUAUAUAAUCAGAGUGGUGGUGGAGGUGGUGUGUGGGAGAGCCGUACAGACUCAGAGACACCGGCGAAGUUGCUGCUUGGUAUUGGAACGGACAACCUGGUGACGCUGCUGGUGUUCGGGUUGAUCUUUGCGCUCGGUGUGGUGGGAAACUCGCUGGUGAUCGCCGUCCUGGUGAGGCAAAGAGCAGGUCAACGCCGCGGCACCACCACGAACAUCUUCAUCUUUAACCUGGGCGUGGCCGAUCUGUCCUACCUGCUGUUCUGCGUUCCUUUCCAGGCCACCGUGUACAUGCUCCCCACGUGGGUACUCGGAGCCUUCAUCUGCAAGUUCGUGCACUACUUCUUCACCGUGUCCAUGCUGGUGAGCGUGUUCACGCUGUCCGCGAUGUCCGUGGAUCGCUACGUGGCCAUCGUGCACAGCCGGAAAUCGUCGUCUAUCCGUGUGGCGCGGAACGCGCUGCUCGGGGUGCUGGGCAUCUGGGCGCUCUCGCUGGCCAUGGCAGCGCCCGUCGCUUACCACCAGCGCAUCGUGGAGACCGAGGAUAACAGCACAUUCUGCUGGGAAGUGUGGUCUGAUCCCAAGAGGAGGAAAGUCUACGUGGUGUGCACGUUUGUGUUUGGCUACCUGUUGCCCUUGAUCCUUAUUUCUUUCUGCUACGCGAAGGUACUGAAGCAUCUACAUAAAAAUCUGCGAAACAUAUCUAAGAAGUCAGAGGUGUCGAAAAAAAAGACAGCACAGACUGUUCUGGUGGUGGUGGUGGCCUUCUGCUUGUCCUGGCUGCCCCAUCAUGUGGUGCAUCUCUGGGUGGAGUUUGGUUCAUUCCCCCUGAAUCAGGCAUCCUUCCUUUUCCGUGUGGUGGCUCACUGUUUGGCCUACAGCAACUCCUCGGUCAACCCCAUCAUCUACGCCUUCCUCUCUGAGAACUUCAGGAAAGCCUACAAACAGGUUUUUCAAUGCCAGGUGGCCAGUGAAUGCCCAACAAAUGAUGCGAGAAACAAGAUGGAGAAAGUUCCACCCACUAACUGCACCAUGGUUUAACUUUUUACACUCAUUGACCCAUUGACUUGCUCAUGUUUAGCACUGGAGAUUGCUUCAGGUACAAGUGGCACAUGUAGUGGACAAGCUGUCGUCUUUUUUUUUCUCUCCUGUAAUCACACACGCUAUCACAUUUCAAGCAGAUUUCUCAUUUUUAGGAUCACUAAUAGAACCCAAUGUGAAUUUUGCAGGAAGAAAAUGUGUUAUUCCGUUAAGUGCUGUGAAAGAUGUGAAGAUGUUUAUUUAUUUUUUACCCAUUCUAUUUCUGGCCUUUUUUCUUUUUUUUUAGUCUGAACUUAUCCAUGACUUGAAAU